AACCCUAACUCUAUAAGUGUUUCACAUCUCCUUCUCUCGCAUAACCAAUUUCAUUUUCUUCUCUCUCCCAAAAGUAAUUUCCGUUCUUCUAAAAUUGUAACUCAGCUUCGUAACCCUAGAAAGUUUGCGAAUUUAAAAGAUGGAAUCAAACGGAGAGUUGGUGAAGUUUUUAGGCGAAGGUGCUUACGGUGCCGUCCAUCUCGUCAGAUACAUUCUUAGCGACGGUUCUUUCUAUCAUGUCGCCGUCAAAGGCUCUUCCCCCACGAACCGCGAUUCUCUCAACAGAGAGCUAAAGAUUCUGCGCGAACUCAGAGGCUGCCCGAGAAUCGUUACAUGCUUCGGAGACUCUUUGGAAGAAGGUUUAGGGUACGACAGACGCAAAGUCUACAAUCUGAUUCUCGAGUACGCACCCGAAGGGAGUCUUAGUGAUUUCAUGGACGGCUACAUCGACAGAAAACUACCUGAACCGCUUAUCAAAGACUUCACGCGGAUGAUUCUCGAAGGUUUGGUCUCUAUCCACGGUCACGGUUACGUUCAUUGCGAUAUCAAACCCGACAAUCUCCUUGUCUUCCCGUCCGGAGGAGAUGAUGAUGAUUCUUACGAGUUGAAGAUUUCUGAUUUUGGAGUCACCUUAGAAGUCGGAGACACUCCUGAUUAUUGGAGUAUCUAUUCUCCUUUUGUGGGGUCGCCUCGUUACAUGCCGCCCGAGUCUGUCGAAAACGGGGUCGUUAAGGAAACCCUAGACCUGUGGUCGUUGGGGUGCUUGGUGUUGGAGAUGUAUACGGGUGAGAGGCCGUGGGAAGGGGCUGAUAACGAUCGUAUCGAGGCUCUCCUGCUUGGCGGUAAGGCUCCGGAGAUUCCGGAAAGCGUGCCUUGCGAUGCAAGAGAGUUUAUCCAAACGUGUUUCGCGAGGAACCCUGAGGAGAGAGGAAGCGCGUUUAAGCUGUGGUUUCAUAGGUUUCUUCUUCUUCGUCCACGAGAGGAGGAUAAGGUUGUCGCCGUUGUCGCUGCUGCUGGAGAGAAGAGAGAUUCGCUGCCGUUGAGAAUCAGAGGAGCUUGGAAGGAUAUUACAAAGAAGCCCCUGAAAGCGAAGAUAUUUCCAUCGAAGCCUCAAAAGUUUAAGAAAAUUCUGAAUAGUCUACUGGGUUGCCUGGGUUAGAAACGCUCGGAUUCCAAUCUAGUUUCGGUUCAAUAAUUUCUGUUUUCUUUUAGUAUAUAUGUAGAUGUAUGUUGAUGCAAAUAUUGUUUUCAUCUCUCAAUCUGUAUGUUAAAUGGUAUAUGUAGAUGUAUGUUGAUACGAAUAUUGUUUUCAUCUCUCAAUAUGUUAUAUGGUACUAAAAGCUGAACAAACUAUGUUGGAUAUCUCUUAUAAAAUUGCGUCUUUCUUGUUUACAUGUUCUUAAUUUCAGUUGAUCAUUGCUAUAAGGAGCCUGACUCUGUAUUUUUACGCGACAUUGUCAUAUUAAUACUUAGCAAUCAAGCUGUUUGAUAAUAUGCCUGAAUGAGAGAAAAAAGCUUCCUGCAAUACGGUGAUUGAUCCUGAAGUGUUCUUUUUUCUCUACCAACAGAAUUGUUCUUUGGUCACUCUCAGUCAUGAAGAUAUAUACUCGAGCAUGGAGAGACCUGCAUAUUUGCUGCAGAUGGUAUGCCUUGAGGAUGUUGUGAUAAAGGCAGAGCCUUUAGCAUCUGGUUUAGCAAAUGACAUACAUGGCCAACCUGACAGUUCUGAACAAGGCGAUAAGCAACAACAAGUUGGGUAAAGGAAGCUCGAGGAACAAGUUGCAGGGUUUUCAAUUUAUGAUAAAGGAAAAUUGCAUCGAGUAUUUCUACCCUGGUUGUAGUAGGAGCUGAGGAGGAGGAUUAUCAUUUUGUAAGAUAUUUGUUUUGGUUUGGCAUGCAAGAAGAAGUUACUGAUGCAUUUAGGUUGACUUAUAGUAAUGUACAUGCAACAUUACUAAAUGAUAUCUUCAACUGAUCAAAAGGUUCAUUUUUGAUCUUUACUCUUUUACGAAAAU